AUGCUGUGUGCUGGAUGGCUGCUUAGGUUUAAAACUUUUGAAGAUUUAAUCCUAAACUGGAAGGCCGGGGCGCUGGAGUUCGCCCACGGCCGCACUGGGCAUGCUCAGAGGCGGCCGCGGGGGCAGCCUCUCUUCGCAGGCGCUCGCUCUCGGCGGCGGGCGGGCUCGCGGCUGCAGCUGGAGCUCCAGCGCCCGGAGUUGGAGUUGCCGGGAGUUUCCCCCCCAGUCCCUCCCUCCUCGCGCGCGGCAGCAGGAGCCGGCGCGGGAGGCGCGAGCGGCGGCCAGCCAGCACCCGAGCAGGCAGAGCUCGUCCGGAGCCCGGAGCCCCGUACGGGGCAGUUCCCGGGGAGGAGCCUCGCGGGCUGGGACGCGUGCGGCGCACUGGCACUGUCUGGGCACAGACCGCGCUGCAAGGUAGGGCCGGGGCGUGGGGAGCCGGGCAGAGGCCAGUCCGGGGCUGGGGGGAUGCGGCUGCAGCAGCCGUGGCUUUUGGAGCGCCCGGCGCGCUGUCUGAUGCGUGUGGCCAGGUCAGGGACCCCGCUGCGGGGCGGCGGGAGUAGGCAGGCGCCCAGGGGGAUGCUUUCAAGUUGGCGGCGGCGGGAGAGGGGGCUGCGUGCUGGGGUGCAGCUGUUUUGUGCGCGCAGAGCGGAACUCGGGUCCCUGGUUCCGUACCCCCCACCAACCCCACCAAACCAGGGACCCGGUGUGCGGGCAGGGCUGGGCGAGCCGCAGAGCGGAGCAGUUUGCUUCGAGAAAGUUGAGGGGAGUGCCCUUCUUUCCUCACUGUCCCCGCGGUAG